GCUGUGUUGUGUAACGGCUGUUGUUGCCAUGGUGACAUAUCUGCCACUGUCUGUGACUUUGUGACAUCAUCAUCUGAGCCUUUAUAAAGAACUCGCAGAGAGGAUCUGUCAUUUGAGAUCAAGACUCUGAGAAGAUCAGAAGUGUUCUGACUGCUCUGAGAAUUCUCAUUCGAUUUAGAAGCGAUUUAUUCAGAUCUAUCUGAUUAGAUAAGCGAAUAAUAAUAAUAAUAUAUUAAUUUCCUUGUCACAUUUCUAUAUAUCUUUUCGUGACAAAUAUUGGAAAAAUGAGCCUUUGGAAAACGCUUGCCGUUUUCUGCCUUCUUCUGGCUCUGGGUGUAGAAUAUUCUCACGCCCGGCCAGCGUACACCCGUAUGGAUGCUACAGUUGGCUCUAAUGUAGCGAUCCCGUGUAAGGUCCGCACCGAUCUUCUAUCUGGUGCAAGCAGUGUUAAGUUGGAGUGGGGAAUGACUCCGGACGCAGGAGGUCUCUACACCCCUCUAAUGUACGAAGAUGUGAAAAACCUGCAGAAGGAUUAUGUGGAUUGUUCUAUUAUCAUCGACACGAUCCGGUAUAGAGACAGCGGAACCUACGAGGGCAGAUUCAUCAUGGACAACGUCCCGUAUCAGCCAUUCAAGGUGGUCAUCAUUCAUGUGACUGAUCCCACGUCCACGGAGACCGCUGAUACCGAGACAUUCAAGAAGCACCAAACAAACCUGAAAACACAAUGGAAGAUUCCUUCAGUCGCUUCCACUGAGACCGCUAAUACCAAGACGGUCAGGAAGCAACAAAGAAACCUGGAAACACAAAGGGGGACCCCUUCAUACGCUUCCUCUGAGACCGCUGAUACUGAGCCGGUCAGGGAGGACCAAAGCAACCAGGAAACACAAUGGGAGACCCCUUCAGACGCUUCCUCUGAGACCGCUGAUACCGUGACGGUCAGGGAGGACCAAAGCCACCAAGAACCACAAUGGGAGACCCCUCCAGUCACUUCCCCUGAGACCGUUGCUACCGAGACGGUCAGGGAGGACCAAAGCCACCAAGAACCACAAUUGGAGACCCCUCCAGUCACUUCCCCUGAGACCGUUGAUACCGAGACGGUCAGGGAGGACCAAAGCCACCAAGAACCACAAUGGGAGACCCCUCCAGUCACUUCCCCUGAGACCGCUGAUACCGAGACGGUCAGGGAGGACCAAAGCCACCAAGAACCACAAUGGGAGACACCUCCAGUCACUUCCCCUGAGACCGCUGAUACUGAGACGGUCAGGGAGGACCAAAGACACCAAGAACCACAAUGGGAGACCCCUCCAGUCACUUCCCCUGAGACCGCUGAUACCGAGACGGACAGGGAGGACCAAAGCAACCUGCAAAUACAGAAGGAGACCCCUCCAGUAAUUUCCACUGAAACCGCCGAUACCGAGACGGUCAGCGAGGACCAAAGCAAUGUGGAGAUACAGAGGGAGACCCCUCCAGUCACUUCCACUGAGGAGGUCCCCAUGAUGUCUCCAACAAUGACAAUGACAACAACAACAACAGAGACCAGUACUUAUGAUACAGGAUUAGUAUUCAUCGAUUUAGGUGUUGAACUUAUCACCAAGACCUUCUAUCAACUGAAGAGAAAUGGCUACCUUCCAUUAGCAUUCAUCUUAGCUGGAGUCGGUCUUCUAGUAGUCAUCGUCAUCAUUUCGAUAGUUAUAAUUUGUUACUGCAAGAAAAGACGCAUCAUGAUGGAGCAAAGCAGAGAUGUGGAAAAAGGAAUCACUGAGAGGAACAAAACGCAAACACAGCUGACUGAAGUGUGCAUAAUAAAGGAAAAAAGACACACAUUGACGGAAGAAGUUUCAGCGAUGGAAGAAGAACUCUCAGUGACUAAACAAAAACUUGCAGAGGUGCAAGAACUCGCAGUGAGGAAAAAAGAACAACUCGCAUCGAGUGAAGAACAACUUGCAAAGAUGCAAGAAAAACUUGCAGAGACGCAAAGACUCGCAGCGAGCAAAGAAGAACUCGCAGUUAGGGAACAACAACUUGCAAAGACGCAAGAAAAAUUUGCAGAGACGCAAGAACUGACAGUGAGGAAAGAAGAACAACUCGCGGUUAGGGAAAAACAACUCGCAAUUAGGGAAGAACGACUCGCAGUGUGGGAAGAACGACUUUCGAAGAUGCAAGAAAAAUUUGCAGAGAUUCAAGAACUUGCAGUGAGGAAAGAACAACUCACAGUUAGGGAAGAACAGGGCUGGCUGUCCUGGCUUUUCAGCGGCCCUGGGGAAGAACAACCACAAUGGGAGACCCCUCCAGUCACUUCCACUGAGACCGCUGAUACCGAGGCGGUCAGGGAGGACCAAACCCACCUGGAACCAGUGAGGGAAGAACAACUUGCAAAGAUGCAAGAAAAACUUGCAGAGACACAAGGAGAACUGUCAGUGAGGGAAAAACUUGCAGAGACGCAAGGAGAACUGUCAGUGAGGGAAAAACUUGCAGAGACGCAAGGAGAACUGUCAGAAACUAAAAAUGAACUGGCAGUGAAGGAAAAAAAACUUACAGAGACAAAAGAAAGAUUGUCAGACCUACAAAAAAAUCAUCUAGAAACACUCAUGGAGAUGGAAGAAAAAGUCACAGCCAUGGAAGGAGAACUCGCAGUGACGAAAGAACAACUAUCAGCGACUAAAAAAAGGUGUGGUAAGGGAACAAGAACUCACAGUUCAAAGAUGCAAGAGAAAUCUGCACAGACAAAAAAAAAAGAACUACCAGUGAAAAAAGAACUCGCAGUGAGCAAGAAGAACUUGCAAGAGGAAUUUGCAGGGAUGAAAGAACUAAAAAAGAAGUGAGGGAAGAAGACCAAGACUAAAGCGGAUGCCCGCCAAAUUUUUUUUUUUUAAGUCAGCAGCCACAAAUACUGCAGCUGCUGACUUUUUAA